UAGCAACGAUUGUUAAUUUUUCACCUAAAAAUUAGUAUAUGAUAAAAAUUAUGAGUCACAUUUUUCUCUUUAUUUAACUAUAAUAUAAAUUAAAUUAUUUAAAACUUUUACCUGAUUAAAUAUGGGGAAAGACAAAGAAAAAGCUGUUUGUUGUCAUUGUGAGAAACAAUUUACAAAAACUUCCAAUAUGUAUCAACAUAUUCGUGAAGUUCACGGCGUGGAACCUGUUAAUUUCGGCCGUCUCAAAUGUCCAGGGUGUGGUAGUAAUUUCCCGAAUUACGAAUGCAUACGAAAUCAUAUAACAAAGCAGCAUAAUGUCAAAUGCGAGCUAGAAGAGCACCUAUUUUCGAAUGAAAAAGAUUUUUAUGAGUGGAAACGAAAAAUUGAAGACGAAGGAAAAGGUUUUUAUGUUCGUAACACAUCUCCUAAAGUCUCAGCUGCUAAAGAAAAUACAUAUUAUUACAUUUGUCAUAGAAGUGGUCACUGCAAAAGUCGUGCAACAGGCAAGAGAAAUCUUAAAAUUGAAUCAAAUAAAAUGAGUGGGAAUUGUCCUUCAACUAUGAUGGUUAAAGUAUCAAAGCAUGUGAAUGUAAUAUAUUGUCCUACACAUUUUGGUCAUGAUGCAUCAACAGGACGUGAAAGGCGACAUGCAAAAGAUCAAGGAUCUCUUGAAAAAAAAGAAAGGAGAGAAGAUAGAAUUAAUGAAGGCUCAAAAUCUUCUUUACAAAAAGUUCUCGAUGAAGUUCAGCAUGGAACUGAGGAAUUUGAACGGAUUCAACAACUGACUAAAAAAGAUGUCCUAAGUAUUAAAAAAGAUCUCUGCUUACUUCCUACUGAACAGAGUCAUGAAAAUGAGGCCUUCAGUGUUAGAUUGUGGGUCGAUUCUAUGUCUCAAUUGGCAGAAAAUAAUCCUAUAAUUUUUUACAAAGAUCAAGGAGCUGCUGACAUGACAGGAUUCCUCAAUGAACAAGACUUCUGUUUGAUAAUUAUGACUAGAUUGCAACAAAAAAUGCUAACAGAAUUCUGUAACCCAAAAAUAUGCAUCGAUUCAACACAUGGAACAAAUGCUAAUGAUUAUUAUUUGACAACAAUGCUAACAGUGGAUGAAUUUGAUGUUGGAUGCCCAGUAGCUUUUUGCAUCUGUAAUAGAACCGAUAUAGAAGUUAUAAACUUUUUUUUCAAUUAUAUUAGAAGUAAAGUUGGGGUAAUUAAUACUAAUGUAUUUAUGUCUGAUGAUGCCCCUGAAUUUUAUAAUGCAUGGGAGGUUGUCAUGGGACCAACCCAACAUUACCUUUUAUGCACAUGGCUAGUUGAUAAAAACUGGAGAAAAAAUCUUGCAAAAAUAAAUUCCAGGUUUAAAAAGAUUACUGUUUACAAGACUCUUAGAGUGCUUCUAAAAGAACCUAACCUACAGUCUUUCACAGAAAUGGAGAGAAAUUUUGUUAAAUUAUUAGAGGAUGAUCCAGAUACACGAAAAUUUAAGAAAUAUUAUUCCACUUAUUAUUCUGAAAGACUUCAACUCUGGGCAUUUUGUUACCGUAGACAUUUAGGUAUACAGACCAAUAUAUAUUUAGAAUCAUUUCAUAAAGUGCUUAAGCAUAUAUAUCUGGAAGGGAAAAAAAUAAAAAGGAUUGAUAAAACAUUAAACGCUUUGAUGAAGCUCACAAAGGACAAAAUAUUUGAGAAAAUAAGUAAUAUAGCAAAAAAAGUUCCCAUUACAUUAUCAAAUGUCAAUCAAGUUGAUGUACAAAAUAGCUUAAUAUCUAGUGAAAUGAUUAUUCCAGUCAAUGGCAAUGCUGAGUGGAAUGUUACUGCUUCUCAAGAAUCAUCAUUUCAUUAUAUUGUAAGAGAAGUAACUGAACCUAUAUGCAGUACUUGCAAAUGUUCUCCACUUUAUUUAGAAUCUAUAUGUGUUCAUAAAUAUGAGUGUACUUGCUAUGACAAUCUUAUCAACUGCAAUAUAUGUGAACACAUACAGGCAUGCCUGAAAUUUAAAAACUUAAAUCCCAAACAGCCUGCAGAAUUUGUAAAUAAUGCAGAACCUUCCAAAGAGCAAAAUUCAGUUCUUGGAAAUCCUGACCUUCAGAAAGAAUGCGAUAAAAAACUAAUAUUAUUGAAGGAAGAGUUAGCAUCGACAAAAAUGUCGAAGAAUGCAUAUUUGAAAAUUAAUUCAUUGCUUGAUAGAUGCUUAACAUUAUGCAAAGAAAAUAAUGAAAUAAAAGCAGUAGUUUCAUCUCUGUUGUGAAAAGAUAAUCCAAAAUAUAACUUAUCUGAUAGUAUGAACUCUUCAAAGUGCCAGCAGAUAAAUAAAACUAAAUAUUGUAUGCAGAUGUUGAAACUAAAUUGCAGUGAAACUUUGGUUUCAGUGUCUUGUCAUUUAAUACAGUUAUUAAUUUGUUUUUAUAAGGAUAGUUGAUUAUGCAUAUUCUAUUAAAGUGGAAAGAAAAAUGUCAAAAUUACUUACCUUAUAAUAUGUAUUAUAAUUAAAUAUUGUGGAAAAUUUUUUAAGAAAUCCAAUGUAUUAUUUUCAAAAAAUAAUGCAUAUAAAUCAUUUUUUAUAAAUUUAGUCAUGUGGAAACUUCCAAUCCAAAAAUUGUAAUCUUUAGUAUUUAAGAUACAAGCUUUAUUAAAGUUAAUACUAUAAAAAGAAUGCUACGAUUUGCAGUUAUUAGCCAACUUUUUAUUAUUAUAUUUACAUUAAUCUACAAAAAUCGCUAAUAGCAUUUGAUUCUUGUAUCUUUUCCAUGCUAUUCACUGUAGAAGGAAAAAUAAAUUUCCUCAGGUAACCGACAGAUCCCUCUUUUCAUAAUCAUAAUUUUCAAACAAAAUAAUGUUUGAAUGAUUUAAUGUAGAUGUGAUUUCCCUAAUUAAGAAAUUGAUUAUGAUAACUAUAUAAUUGUUUUUAAUCAUAAUUUAUUGUUCCAUUUUAAAUUUA